UUGAUUUGUCUUUCUGCAGAUGGAGUUAUGGAGUUUUGCUGUACGAGAUUUUUACCAUAGGUGGUUCACCUUACCCACGAAUGGAUGGCAGAAAAAUUGCAAACUUACUUCAGGAUGGAUACAGGAUGCCUAAACCACAACACGUCGAUGAAGAAUUGUAUCAGAUUAUGAUGAAAUGCUGGAAGAAUGACCCAGAUGCAAGACCAACUUUUACUGAAUUGAAAAAUCAGCUUAAGGACAUGGAAACCCUACACAAGAAGCUGAUCAACAUGACAAAGUACGACAAGCAGUUGUAUGCAAACAUCGAGGAUUUAAUAGUGUAGCUAGAUAGAAUCCGCGGU